GAUCCUGUGCGAGUGCUGCUACCUUGCGGGGCGCUGCAACCUAUCGCGUUGAGCUUCGAUUUCGACCAGCACGCAAGCUCACAGGCUACUCCUCGCCACCCACCCCACGCAAGCUGUGGCGAUCUGACCACUUGGUUGUUGCCAUCGCUGCCCACCCUUUGGAGAUCUCGCUACAGCUGUCUCCGCUGAGCCUGUCGUUUACGCCCAUGGCUCUGGCGCUGCUGAUUCGUGGCCUGCGCCGUUGGGGCAGCGCACGGCAGGACGACAGGGGGAAAUUGUUGAAGGACAAAGCGCACAUACGUUUCAAAGCUCAGCUCGAGGAUGUAGCUCCCAUUAUGGAGAAGCGUGAACUCUCAGCAUCUCCCCGAGAGUGGCGCUUUGCUCUGUGCGUGCGAGUGAAGCAGUUGGAGCUGGAAUUGGCACUUGGAGAAGUACCAGUGAUGAAAGGCCGCCUGCAACACUGGGACCUCACCAUGGAAGGCACAUGUAUGGGUGGCCUCAGCAUGUCGAGCUGUCUGGCUUCGGCAUUUCUGUGGGUGCCUGGUGCCAGCCGACCUGUGCUGAAAUUCCUUGGAGCCUCACACCUCUCCUUGACGCUUCCGUUGGGAGAGGCAGCCUUCAAGGAGGAGCUCUCCGUUCGAUGCGUUGUGGCACCACUCUGGAUUUGCCUGGACUGCACUGCCUUUUCACUGACUUUGGAUUACUUGGCGGAGCUUGAAGAGGCAUUCGCCAGCAACUCGCUUGCUUGCGAGUCUACGCUGGACCUCACUGCGCACAUGCCUGCCCAAAUGUACACAGCGCCGCUGUCCAAUGCGGUCUGCUGCUUAUUGCCAGAAUGCUGCUAUCGAUUGCAGCAGUGGGACGUACAUCUCUCCCUGACCAACCUGUCUUUGUUCAUCCCCACGACGGCGGAAGACGGCGGCGACCCCCAAGGGGUUUUAAUCGGUUGCGCUGCCAAAUGGUCUUUCCGACAAUUGAGGAGCCGAUGCUUGGUGUCCGGAUUUUUUGCAGCCCAAGCAGCGCAAAGUGCCUCCUUCACAGGCACUCCGCCGAAGAGCAUCAGCGGAGCCAUUUUCCAUCCCUGCCGCCUCAAAAUCGAGUUAAAUCUGGCAUUGGAACCUUCGCAGGUGCUUCGGGGGGUCACUGGACGCCUCGUGGUGGAUCCAGUUUGCAUCUCUCUCAAGACUGAGCAUGUUCCCUUGCUCUUGCAAAUUUGGCAAUAUAUUCGCUACAUGGAUUCCAUUCUUGCAGCAUUCGGGGCAGAGCCCUGUCUGGAAAAAUCAUCCAGCACUGGCAGCCUGAAUUGCAAAGCAAGGACUGAAUUCUCAGAGAGCUCUGACUCCAGCCGAGUCUGGCGGGCAAGUUGUGCUGACAUUCGCAAGGUGGUGAAGAUCUUGGAAGAAUUCAUCCCUGAGUGUUUUAUGCAUUUCUGCGAUCAGAUGCUAAGUCUGGUCUGUGCUUGCAGGCUGCAGCUGGAAGUGGAGCUUUGUGCAUUGCAUGUUGGCUUGGUGCAGUCGUCGACAGAUGCAGAGCUUGUAAUCAUUUUAGUGGAGGAUGUGCUGGUUUCGUUGGACCGGACCUUGGCAGGUUUCACGACACUGGGCGGAGCUCCUUCCCCUCUGUCUGGAACCUCAGCAAGCAGUGCACCUACCUCGCCAAUCACUCGUUGCCCACGACGACGUGAGCACUUCGUGGUGCAUGUCGGUGCACUGUCUGUUGACAUUACUUCAACAGAGCUGGCAAGGGCAGCCACGCUACUAGAGCCUGUCUGCUUCGUUUUGGACCUGUAUGAAGGCCACAGACAUCAGCCAUCCAGUUGCAAGGUGUCCUGGAUGAAUCUGAACAUCAGUUCAGCAUUGAUUGAGACCAUGGUGAGCUUGUACAAUGAUGCUUCCAAGAGAGCAGCCUCCAUGCAACAUUGCGAGCCUGACACGUCUGGAGGGACUCCAGUUUCUCUACGAUGCUUCUCACCUAGUGCACACUCGGGAUCUUCCCCUGCGGCACGCCCAGUCUUGCAGCGCCAGUUCAGCAUCUCUUCUCGUCAGCCGCAGCUGUCUGUGUGGAACUUGCUUGGACAGGAUAUUGCAGUGACAGUGGUCGAAACAGGUGGGUCAAGUAUCUCAGAGCAUAUCUCCAAUGAGUCAAAUGGAAUUGUACAGAUGCCAUGGUGCGGCAUCCGAACCUCUAGUGCUGGCGAUCCUCGGGGCUGGGCUGUGCAGUUGAGAAUGGCCGAAGUUCCUGAAGUUGACGUUUCGUUGCACCUGUCCGCUGCGGCGGCCAUCAAGUCUGUUGCGGUGAAGCCUCGAUACUUGACCAGCAGCUCGUCAAUCAGCACUUCGCUUCGGAGGCUGGGUUCCAAAUUUCGUUGCAACAGCAGCGAAACCAACACAAGCACGCAGAGCAACUUGGACAUGGCAAUGAAAAUGGCGGCACCUCCUCCGCCACUCUCUGGGCAGUGCUGGAUUCUGGUCCGCACGGAAGUUGGCAGCAAGCUUCACGAGCUUGAGGUGCACAUCAGCUCAGUGCUCUUCUUAGAAAACCGAACCAGUGUCAGCAUUUCUGUGGCACCAUACGGCACGUCUUUGGAGAAUUUCAUGGAGCUUCCUCCGAAGAGUCGACCACGGCCCGUUCCAGUUUCGUGGUUGGCAAUGGGACCCGAUGGAAAGUUGCCGCCCACGCUUUGGGCCGGAGUCUCUGACGAGGUCAAGAUGCCAUUCUUUGGUAGCUCAGGCAGCUCCUUGAGCAUGACGGCGGUCAUGUCAGGCGUGUCAGGCAGCACGGACUCCAUGGAGAGGUGGACCUGGAUGAGAAGCCAGCGCAAGAGAGGCAUGCUCCAGCCCUUGAUCGGCUCGAGAACGUGGCAAGCCAUCUGUCGCUACAAAAGCAUGGUGGCGAAUGACUACUUCCUUCGAUCCAGGAUGAUUCGUCUCCACGAUCGUGCUGGCGAUGAAUGUGCCUGCUUCAGUGCCACUGUGUCUGGGGUAAGUGCGGACUUACAGGCCUCCCUGCAGGCGCUGAUUUUCUCCGUUGCAUUGGACCCUGCUGCCCAAAUCUGCAACAGGAUGCCCUGCGCUUUGCAGCUACAAACGGAGGAGGGCCCGCUUCUGAUCCGACCAGGCGAAGAUGUUGACAUCUUGAAGCCAUCGCAGCAACUGCAGCUCUCCUUGGAAGCACCCGUUUCCACCGGCCUCUCGGAAGAUCCUGUGCGCUUGCAUUUGGCCACAGCGUUGUGGGCUGACCGGUUGCCUAGAGAGAAGCACCAGAAGCAGCUCGUCUUCGAAGGGGACAAGACUCAGAAGUGUGAAGAGAGGAAAGAUAGAGAUGACUUCCGGGAGUUGCCUCGCUUGGUGGCCACCUUGGAGACGGAGCCGGGCCUGAACAUGUCAGAAUGCUGGGCUCCGCUCCAGGUCCGUCAAUACUCGCCGCGAUCUCUUCGCCUGAUCUUCUUCACGCAGUACUGGCUUAUGAAUCGACGCAGUGACUGUCGUGUCUGUCUGCCCCGAGUGGACCUCCCAGCCAGAGCUGAAACAGGCUUGGCAAAGUUCGGCAGCAAACGCCCUGGCCAGCAUCCUACACGCCACGCCCUGAUGCAGUACGGCAGCAAUUCACUGCGAAUGGUGUCAGAGGAUCUGGUUAGGCGUGGCAAAAUACGUCUUGGGCUCUGCGACCAGCGCUACAACGCAAGCGGCGAGUCUCUCGUGCCCGUCACCCAAGCGUUCAGGAUACGGCAACCUACGGUUGGCUCCGCAACGGCACCUCGAACGGAUCGCAAUCCAGUUCAACGAUGCUUCGGAUAUACCGUCAGACCAGCCCCGCUCCCUUUUCACCGGACUUUGAUCGUGGAGGUGGUUCGCCGCUACACGUUGCUCAAUCACAAAGACCAUCCUCUGUUCUGCUUCGAGCAAAACGUUUGUCUGGCCCCAUUGGAACUUUCAGCAGGCUCUUCAGCUGCGUUUGAUCCGCAGGGAGCAAAGCUGCAGAUAGCAAUCAGUGGAGUCGGCCCAUCCUAUGGUGCCAACACGUCCAGCACCACUGCUUCAAAUCUUCCAGCGAAUGAAAGACCAGCAGACCGAAUUGUCACACUACCUCACAGGCUAAAGCACGAGACGCAAGAUCUUGAAAGCGGGCGCCGAGGUCCUAAGAGGGCUGUGACAUGGGCCGAUCAAACAGAAAACCAGGUUGAAGCAGACGUGGUUAUGGAAGAUGCGGAAAGAGAGAGCCAGCAAUGGGACUGCUAUUCAGCCUCGUUUUGUCUUGCUGAGACCAGCAGGAGCAGGUUUCAAUUGAUGCAUCAAAUUGACCUCUCCUGCUUUGUUUCUGCCUUUGCAUGUGCUUCUGCACACCUGGCAAGACCUGAGCCUCUGGUCGGUCCAGCAGAGCCGCCAACGGCGCAUGGCCGUGCUUGGUGUCUAACAGCUGUGGACACCAUGGUGGAACAAAGCUCCGUCGUCGUGCGCUUCUCGGAGCCCCUGCGGCCACAGUUCCGCAUCAUCAACCGCACGGGACAUCCGCUGGGCCUCUGCCAGGACUGUGAAGGUGCGCCUUCUCUUGAGCUGGCACCAGAAAGGCGCAUGAGCUUCUGCUGGUUCCAGCCUGAGUCACCGCAGCUGCUGAAGCUUCGCCUGGGACCCAAGGAGCAUAGCUACGAGGUUGGAACGGUGGAAGAACACUUUCCCCCGCUCCACGUUGAGAGGCCACCGCAAGGUGCUGCUGCAGGUUGGUUUCGAGAAGAGUUUUUGGUACAGACCAAGGUGGUUAGAGGCUCGAGAGAGGUCCACAUACAUCCGCAUUGCCGUCUCACAAACUUGAAGGGACAACCAUUGCUGGUGCGAUCUGGAAAUGCAAAGGCAGGUGAGAUGGCGGUGGUCCCACAUGAAGGCUCCGUGUGCUUGCAGAGAGAGUGCAAGACAGCUGAGCACGUCUUUCUUCAAAUUGCCAGUUGCGCGCAAGAUUGCAGUCUUGGCGCCUCUGCAACCCACUGGUCGGCACCCAUCAUGCUCACAAAGAAUCUCUCAGGGCACCGUGGCUUCCUACGACACAUGACAAGUGGCGGCGCAGGAAUGACAUCUGUCUUUGAAAUUACUAUGGUUGACGUGAAAAAAGAUGCAGUGUCAGACUUUUUGGUUGUUGAGCUUCGCCCCUAUGUCCAGUCGAAGUGUCCAUACUUCAUAGAGAAUGCCAGUCGCCUAUGCUGCAGCGUCAGCCAACUGGAUGGACCGGAAGCUGGCGCAACUUUGGAUCUUUUCCCACAAGAGAGCGCUCCGUUUGUACCCGUGGGCGCUGUCUUGGGUGGUGCCGGCAGUUUUCAGGUGAGACUGUCCGCGAUGGGUGAAGACGACGAAGUCGAUCAUAGCGCCGUCAUUGACAUUGAGCUCCCACAGGAGGCAGUACUUGGCCCCCUUCAUGUCCAAGUGCUGAAGGAAAGACCUCGCCACAUCAUCAUCAGAGAUGUGGGCGCUGUUCAGAAGUCAGGUCUCAGACGAAGCCGCAAGAGCCAAUUGCAAGCUUUCCCUCCUUUUCUGCUGAUGAGGCGUUUGCUGGGCACUGGCAAGGCUUGGAUUCCCGACUGGAAGGACGGUAAGGAAAAGCUGGCGGUCCCGAAGGCAAUUCCGUUGUCCCCGCGCAGACGAACGAGAUUGUCCGCCUAUGGUAGCCAGUUUGGAAUUGGAAGCCCGGCAUCUUCGCGCAAGAGAACCUCAACCCUUCCUCUUGGUACCUCGAGACCUUCAAGUCCAGGUGGGGUGCAGCGCCGUAGGCCUACACACUUCACAGGAGCAUCCACACCCCGACUACUUGCCAUGCCAAGUGUGCGAUCUUUGGGUUCUCCAAUCUCACGUCUCAGGAAGGGGACUCUGGACAUUUUCUGGACACGCAGUGGACGCAAGCGCUCAUAUCGAUCGAAUGGCAUUGUUUUCCAGCUCUGUGCAGAAGGGGCAGGGAUCACACUGGUGGACAGCACUGCUUUGCACGAAGUUGCCUAUCUUUGUGUGGAAACUCUGGUCAUCAGCUCCACAAGAGAUGGUGUGCAACAUGAACUUGAUGUGAAACUGGGCUGUGUUCAACUUGAUGUGAGGGAUAAUGGUACCAGCUGGAGGAGCAAUGUCAUGCUGCGGCCACAACGGCUGCGUCUUCACAAUCCUGUCCGGACCGUCAAGGAGAGGCCCUUCCUUGUUUGCAGUGCCACCUGGACAGCGCUGGAUCGUGGAGCAGGUGCAGCUGCUCAUCUGGAGGUGGAAAGCCUCAGAAUCGACAUUCAGCCCAUUGAGCUGCGACUGGACACCCUGAGCUGCUUCCAGCUGGCACACUAUGGCUUGGAUUUGCUACGAAGGGCAGAGCCCAUCAUUGCUUCCCAUCCACUCUUUGGGCAUCUACGGCUCAUGUUGAAGACUCACUGGAGGAGCGACGGGGAGCAGCUACUUGUAGCCGAAGAAGGUGAGCCGCAAGACCCCGUGCUUGGCGAACCUCCGUGCCCUGAGGGUGAUGACUUCAAUGUGCCCACGCCGGUCUUCUUGAAAGAGCUGUUCGUUAGGCGCAUUCAGUUCUUUGUGUCUGUUCGCUUCAAUGGGAAGGGUGCGACGGAUUGCCACGGCAACGAAGCCCUGCAUGCGGUGGACAUCCUUUUGCGUAAACUGAUCCCGUUCGACGUUUCGCAGGCGCGCAUUUCGAUGGGGCCGUUCUUCCGGCGGCGGGGAGCAACAGCUCCAAGCUCGCCAUCACUAUGGAGGCGCCUACUCCGAUUUAUUCCCUGCAUCGGGGAUACCGACGCUGACGCGCACUUGUCCGACGAGUUCUUACCACAUGGCUUUCAUGAGCUGCUCUCCGAAGCUGCCUCGGCUACCGGCACUGCAGUCCUGCGGCAGAUCCCGCAGCUGCUGGGCGCCCAGCGAGUCCUGGGAAGUCCGGCGCAGCUCUGUGCCGAGCUGAACCAAGCUCUACGUUUGGCGCUUUUCGGCAUUUGCAGCUGCAGCCCUUGGCUUUUGAUCGCCGCACUUCUCACGGUACUGGCUGCAGUCCUGGAGUCUGUCGAGGGCAUCUUCAUGAUUGUCGCAAAGACAACCUGCCGCAUAACAGCUGGCACCGUUCCCACCGGCCUUCGGAAAGAGCCGUCCGGCGUUCCAGGAGCACUCAUGGACCUGCUAUGGUAUGGCUUUCCUUGGCAUGCGCAGCAGCUCUAUCGCGAGUGCAGACGUCAGAGUCACAUAGCUUAUUCUGCCCACUCGAUCACCGUCAGUCUGCGGUGCAUGCUCGAAGGAACCUGGCAUUUGGUGUUUUCCAUCGUCUCGUCCAGCAUGGUCAUUGUGGCAAAGCUGUUCCAGUCAUUGCAGCUGCUCUUCCACACGCUUGCAUGGUAUGUUUGUCCAGAACGUGUGGCAGAGCUGGGUGCUCCACUUUCUCGGCGAGUGGGACCUUUGUUGUUCCACAUUGGUUCGCCUUUACAGUACUCUCACUCUAUGACUUCCAUCAUGGGAGUGGUGCACAAAGCUGUGAGGGGCACCCGCCUUCGAGACUGGCGACUGCGGCAUUUGCCGGGAGGUGAUGGAUCUCUGCUCGCUGUACAGGGCUCCGGAUUUUUCCUCGUGCGGUCAAGCGCUAUUCGGCGGUGCGUGCCUGCACGAGAGGCUGACGUAUUUCUGGCAUGGCAAGCGCGGGGCAACUGGGAGAGAGUGGAACUGCGACUUGUCCGUCCAGCCUUGAGGACAGAGCGCAAGGAACUGCGCCGCAGCUUUAUGCUGUGCCUCUACCGGAGGACCGCCCCUUACUGCAAGGUGCUGCGGCUCGGGAGCCGUCGAGCGGCCCUGAGUGCCUUCAGCUUCGCGCAGGAAUGCAUUUCUAGUUGGGUGAGGGCCGAAGUACAGGCUCAGAUGGCUCCAGAUACGCCCAGAUUGCGGCUGCUUAGGAGGGUGCAUCGAUCUGCAGCUGUUCGUGCAUCCAAUGCAUAG